CUUGUCAAGGGUUUUUUUGGCAAUUCUAAAAAUGUACAAGUGGCAAAAUAUCUGCACCUAAAAACCUCAAAACAGAUAGAAAACCAAGUUUAAACCAACCCAACCUAAAGUAACAUGGAAUCCUGCGAUAAAAUUGCAGGUUAAUAAUCGGAAACCACAACGCAGAAAAUCUUGACAAGUGCGUAAAUCGAAGCGACCAUGGAAUCCCCGCUGUUUCCCAAGGCCAACAACAAUCUGGGCAUGGACAAGAUGAGUUCCAGCUUGAACAGCAGCACAAUGGAGGACACCACGCCCAGUGAUUCGGGAGUGCAGCUCCUGGACUCCGAGAACAGCGAUGUGAUGGUGGAGUCCAUUUGCUCCUAUGAGGAGAAUGUUCGACCCUUGCCCCUCCCCUCUGUGGAUCCCAAUUCCAAUUUGACUGCUUUACCGGACGAAGCCAUGACCAUCAGUGAGUGCUCCACGUUUGACACCACGGAGAAGAUUGUGUACAGACGAAAGGUGCACAAAGCCUCAACAGCCUCUAAAACCCCUAAAAAGCGAGUGUCCUUCCACGAGGACAUACUGAAGAACACACGAACCGACAACAUUCACAUAGAGCAUGGCUUUAUUACCUACAAGAAUGGCAGGAAGCUGGCCUUUGCUAACUCAGCGGGCGUGGCCGGGGCUCCAGGACGAUAUUCCUGGUGUCCGGAUAGGGAACGCCCGGAUGGACCCAAUGAAAUCAGUGCUGCUGGCAGGGAAGACGAUGGCGAGGAGGCUGUCGGUGGUGGAGGCGCUAGGCGAAAGAGACAUCUAGUCUACCGUAACGCCUGUUCGGAUGUGCUGGACUACGACAACAUAUAUGAUACGGAGGAGUCGCCCGGUCUUCACUACGACACCUCAGGUGUAUUCGAAUACGGUCCCGCGGUCGAAAAACAGGAGGAUCCACCGCGGCUUUACAAGUGCAACUGUAGUAGCUCCAACUCCAGUCUGGACUCCGACGAGCAGGAUAAAAACUCCAAUGCGAAUCGCAAGCAGUACGAGCAGGCUAAGAGCAGCUCUUGCGAUUGCAUUGGCAUGAGCAAUGCCAACAACAACCUAAUCGGUGAAAACUGUUACUAUUCAGAGCCUAAUAUAGGAGAUGCCGACAGCCCUAAGGUCAAGUCUGUUUGGAACAAGGAGAAGAAGCCGAAGUCGAGCUGCUUAAAGAAAACCAAACGACAUACGAAUGUCAUCCUUGAGCAGGAUCUCAAUGGAAGGGUGAAGAAGUUCAACGUGCACGACAUCAAGCACCAGUUGCUGGACAACAGUAGCAAGAUGAUCUUUGGCUCCCUGAAGAGCAUCUUCACCAUGCCGCUACCGGAGCGCGGAGUUCCCGAGGGCUCUGAAGACUUGCAAGCGGUAGUAGAGUGCGUCCCAGAGCUGGAGCAGACACCUGAGCACAAAAUACGGCCAGUCGCCGAGUCACCACCGCUCAAAGCCAAGCCAUUUCUCAGCAAAAGUUUAGAUGGCAGCAAGCAGGCACAACCAGUUAAGAAAUUUGUGCACAAUGUAGAUGAGCAAUUGCGGCACAAGAACGAAGAGGAUGGUGCCAGCUCCACGGAAGCCUCGCCGAUGGAGUCAAAACAGUCACUGAUGUUGCAUCGUCAACAAGAAUUUGAUAAGGAAACAGUGCCAAUGGGCAGCGCACAGGGCGAGUUCCGCAGCAAAUUUAUAAUUAAUUGUGAGAGCACCGUUUUCGAGCACACGGGAGUAUCAUACGAGACGAGCGAACCACAAUCCGAUCUCUCUUCCGGCAUCCAGCACACUAGCGUGGCCAGUUUACUGGAGCAGAACACUCCGAUCGCAGAGCCGGCAGCUAAUCAGAUAAAGAAAUCCUUUAUGGAUGCUCCUAUUGCCAAGACUUUUAGUAAUUUCUUUCGCAGCUUUAAGGAGAGUACAAGUGUUGUCGCAACGCCAGUUGAAAAGGACAAUCAGGCGAACACAGAUAACUAUUUUGCUGCAAAAGUUUCAAAACCGCAACAGCAAGCACCAUCCACCGGCAAGCUUCCCCGGAAUUACUCCUCAUCCACCAUAUCCGAACCAAGUUCCAAUACCAACACAAGCAGCAACCAUCAGAUUGCAAUGAACCCACAACUGGGCAACACGGAGCGCCAUUCCCGUCACCUACCUUCUCCGCUUAAGAAGCGAGGACAGCCUUUGCAGCCUCCCCGGUACUACGACCAACAGCAUUCACACCAAAGCCGAAGCCUUCACAGCCCCAGCAGCUAUCUGGUUGCGGGGCGCAGUGGACCAGGUGGCAGUGGACGUGACUCAAAGAGCACCAUGCUCAGCGAGGAAUUCGACGACAUACUAACAAUCACGACAACGGAUACGACUAACGAUAAACGCUCAAUGGACAGUGAUUUGGUUAUCGUAGACUAUACCGAUGUGGAUUAUGCUCAUUUGCUGAAGCCGCCAGCUCCGGCGGCCAAAACUUCGCUUAUAAAUCGAUUCCUUCGAAAUGUCACACAGAAGAAAAUCAUGGAGACCUCUAUACGAAAGAAUAAUUUCUUCGCUGACAAAUUACGAACUGAACAAAGGCAUUCAGGAUCCGAUCUAUAUGUGAAGGGUGCUCGGCCAAAGAACUUCGAGUUGAUAGAUGAUCUGAAUGCUGAGAUUGCCAUGGAGAUUGAGAUGUGUGGCACGAAUUCACCGCGCCGUGAACUUGCCAUUAGUCUGGAUAACGAUUUGUCAGCUCACUCGUCCAAUUUUGAACUUGGCAUCGGAGAAAUCUCGAUUGAUGUAUUCAAGGGGAAAUCUUUGCUUAAUAUACAUCAAUCGAAUGAGCAGCUUAUGAAGGUUUUCAAACUUUAUACAGGCUACAGUGUUGAUGGGAUCAUGACACCUGUGCUCGUCCUACUUACAGACAAAACCCUCUAUGUUGCAAAUAUGGAUCGUAAUAAUUUGUGUGUCAAGUUUGUGUUGGCCUACAAGGACUUGGAUGUUAUAUUGAUGGGACCCUUUGGCAACACCGUUCUGCUGAGCAACAGCAAUAGAGAUAUGCAGCAGGUCUUACUUGCAGGUGGACCUUAUCCAGCAGGAUCCCUUGUGGCAAAUCUGGAGCUGUGUGCCCGUCGUAGUGGCUCCACACUGCCUGCAGUUGGUCAACUAACUUUAGAACAUUUGGCGCCACUGCAAGCAUUUGUGCGCGCCAACAGCUGUGUGGGCGUAGCUGAACACUGGCUGUUCUAUGCAGUGGUUAAUGUGCCAGCUGGUGGGGCAAUGCGAGUCGAGUCGCCUAGCGAACUACUUGGACCAUCAAUCAAGGGAUUCCUCAUGCACCGACGGCUCAAGCAGACUACUAGCACAUCUUCGGCCACAAGGAUUUAUUGGCAACCAGGAUACUUUUUACUAAAGGCUGGCGUCUUGUAUAUGUUCAACGAUUCCACCCAGAGGCUUCCCAGCUGGGCCGUGGCGCUUGCCGAGUGCCAAGGCGCCCAACGAACUGUGAAAUCGGAGCGCCCGCACUGCUUCGAGAUAACGCUGAAGGGUGAGCUCCUGCAAAUGGCAGCGCCUGAUGAGUAUGUGGCCUCCGAAUGGCUCCAGGCACUCCUGCAAUCUGCAAGUGCUCUUGUCGUUCAGGAGGAAAAACACAAAACCCUUGGAUGCACUUUGAUUGUUACAGAAAACCAUUUGAUAACCUUGCGUGAAGAUUUCUCGGCUCCCCUGCGGCAAAUAAGCCAGCAACCGGAAAACAAUGUAGACGUACAGGAAAAUAAAGAAAUCCUGCUUGAGGACGAUAUGCUCAGUGUUUUUGAAACAAGCAGUUUGAUGGGCUCCACCAUUAGUACUCCAACGCGUGGCACUCAGCAAUCGUGCUCCUCGUUGAACUCCACGCCGACUAAGCAAACCAACGAAAUUGCUGCUUCAAAGGAAGAUGCUGCAUCAUCUGGAAACUCGCAACGAAUGACCAGUGUUUACGGAAAGAACUCUGGCUUGGCGAUUCUCACCUGUGCAGACAUUAAAGCUAUGACGGGUAUUAAGAUAACUUCACGGAACGAAACUUGGUGGUGCAUAUUGGAGUUCUCCUGUCAGGAAGCGCCCUUGGAAAAUCAGGACGAUUUAGUUAUAUUCUUUGCCAGCAGCAUGGAAAUGCAAAGGUUCCUGCGGUUGCUUGAGCAACUUUGGCAUUCUAAGAAUAAUGAUCUAUUUCCAAUAACCAUACUAGACGACGGCGACUCUUUAGCCGAGCAGUGUACUCAACUCUAUAUAGACACUAAUAGGGCCUGGGAGCCUUUGCUAUCAGCUGCGCUGGCUUAAAGCAGCUAUAGCAAUAUAUACUCCAUUUACAAAUAGAAAAUUAUAUUUCCAUAUAACUCAAGCGUUAAAUAUUCUAUCCUGAAUACUCAAAUAGCUAAUGAACAGAAAGUAUUGGUAUAUAUAUAGUCGGUAUUGUGUAUUAUGAUUUUGUAAUGCCUGCCUCCGCUUGAAUCAUUCAUUCAUUUGCGCUUAGUAACAUCUCAUUUGAAUAAUUUUUGUGAUAUUAACCUUAAAAUCGCUGAUCUUUGGUAUGCUUUAUUUUGUAGGUUAUUAAGUUUAUAAUUGUUUUCUACAUUUCAUUAUUUCUUACCUUUUAUAAAUACAUUGUGUACAAAUAUUGCACAGAAAAAUAAGGACAAAAUAUUA